UAAGCGGGAGGAGGAGGAGAGGGGCCAUUCGGCGGCGCAGAGCGCGCGGACCGGCCUCAUUAGGACCCCUGAGCCAAGAUGCGCCUGCUCGUCGCGCGCUGGAGCCAGAGAGGUGCGCGCGACGCCCCACAUCAGGGAUGCAACUGUCCCACCUUCUGCUCCACACCAUGCAGGAUGGACUCUUUUUCUUUUUGACUUGACCCUCUUCUUUUCCGGGAACAACACUGCCCAUUUCAUAUUUUCAUAGUUUUUCACCCCCUCCUCCCCCGCACCAGUUUUCCGCUGCUGUUUUGACCCGUUUUAAAUGGAGUUUUCCUCCGCAGUUUUCCUCGCGCACUGAGUCCACCUGGGCACGCGGUCGAUCUCCGCUCUGACUCGCAGAUUCACCUGGACUGCGACUCCAGGAGGAGAAACCCGCGAUGUAACGCGAGGAGCGCGGGGGAUCCGCAGAAGACAGGCGCGCGCACCCGGCGAUCCCGCGAGGAAGCAACUGCGCACGAGCUCUGCUGCGGAGAGCAGCGCGGAGAGAGGACCGAGGAAAGAGAGCGCCGGGCUCGCGCACCAGCCAUGUCCCCUCGCGACCGACACUGAAGAAAGAGCGAGAAGCGGCCGAGGAGGAGGAGGAGGCGGCGGAGGAGGAGGAGGAUAAGCGCGCAGGCAGAAGAACAGCACGCAUAGCGCGGGGGAUUGAACGGAGCGGGGCAUGAGGAUAUUGGCCAUCACCUUUCUGCAGUGCGUCCUGAAUGUCCUCAGCGAAGACCUGCGUUCCAGCCUGUACUUCAUCGAUGCAUCUCUGCGAGAGGUAGUGUUUGCCAGCACCACGGGGACCAUGGUACCGUGCCCGGCUGCCGGCGCGCCCCCCGCCGAGCUGCGCUGGUACCUGGCCACCGGAGAGGAGAUCUACAACGUCCCGGGCAUCCGACACGUGCACCCCAACGGCUCUCUGCAGAUCUUCCACUUUGCACCGUCCAGCUUCAGCAACCUGAUCCACAACAACACCUACUAUUGCACUGCCAAGAACCCUGCAGGGAAAAUCCGAAGCCAGGAUAUACGUAUUAAGGCCGUACUACGGGAGCCUUACACGGUCCGCGUGGAGGACCAGAAAGCCAUGAGAGGCAAUGUGGCGGUCUUCAAGUGCAUUAUCCCUGCCUCGGUGGAGGCCUACGUAGCCGUGGUGUCGUGGGAGAAAGACACGGUCUCGCUCAUCUCAGGAUCUCGCUUUCUCGUUACAUCCACGGGAGCCUUGUACAUUGUGGAUGUUCAGAACGAGGACGGGUUGUACAACUACCGCUGCAUCACGCGCCAUCGCUACACCGGGGAGACGAGGCAAAGCAACAGCGCCCGUCUUUUCGUGUCAGACCCCACAAACUCAGAGCCGGUGAUCCUGGACGGCUUCUCCCGACGGGAGGUCAUGGAGUCACAGCGUGUGGAGCUUCCCUGCAAGGCGUCGGGCCACCCAGCCCCCAAGUACCGAUGGCUGAAGGACGGGAGGCCCCUGGAGCCUGAUAGCCGCUUCCGGCAGGGUGUGACAGGUCUUCUCAUCGAGAGCACACGGCCCAGUGACACGGGUAGCUACGUAUGCGAAGUAUGGAACAGCUACGGCAACGCCGAGGUUGUCGGCCGCCUGGUGGUGAAACAGCCCCUGAAAGCGAUGGUGAGUCCCCGCAAGGUGAAGGGCAGCGUGGGUAGCCAGGUCACCCUGUCCUGCAGCGUCAGCGGUUCGGACGAAUACGAGCUCUCCUGGUACCGCAAUGCCGAGGUCGUGCACCCUGACGGCAGCGUGCGCUUCGCUGGUAACAAUCACGAGACCCUGGUGGUGGAGGGAAUGGCCAAGAGUGACGCAGGCGCCUACCAGUGCUUUGCCAGGAAUGGCAAGAUGUCAGCCCAGGACAUGGUGCAGGUCAUCUUGGAAGACGGUACGCCAAAGAUCCUGUCCUCCUUCAGCGAGAAGGUCGUGAGCCGCAAUGAAAGCGUGUCCCUGGCCUGCUUGGUGAAGGGGACACCGCUGCCCACCGUCACCUGGACGCUGGACGAUGAGCCGGUGGUACGGGACGGGGGGCACCGCGUCGGCCAAGCGGUUACGGCCGACGGCCACGUGCUGAGCCACCUGAACAUCACGCAGGCCCAAGUGCGCGACGGCGGCGUCUACCGCUGCACCUGCAACAACUCGGCGGGGGAGGUCUCCUACCAGGCUCGAAUAAACGUAAGAGGUCCCGCCAGCAUCCGGCCCAUGAAGAACCUGACCGCCAUCGCUGGGAGGGACAUGUACAUCCACUGCCGUGUCAUUGGCUACCCGUACUACUCCAUUAAGUGGUACAAGAACUCGAACCUGCUGCCGUUCAACCACCGGCAGCGUGCUUUUGAGAACAACGGCACGCUGAAGCUGUCCGACGUGCAGAAGGACGUCGACGAGGGCGAGUACACGUGCAGCGUACUGGUGCAGCCGCAGCUCUCCACCAGCCAGAGCGUGCAUGUCAAGGUCAAAGUACCCCCGUUCAUCCAGCCCUUCGAGUUCCCACGCUUCUCCAUUGGCCAGCGGGUCUUCAUCCCCUGCGUGGUGGUUUCUGGAGACCUGCCUAUCUUCAUCACCUGGCAGAAGGACGGGCGGCCCAUCCCAGCGAGCCUGGGCGUCACCAUCGACAACAUCGACUUCACCAGCUCCCUGCGCAUCUCCAACCUGUCGCUCAUGCACAACGGCAACUACACGUGCAUCGCCCGCAAUGAGGCUGCCGCAGCCGAGCACCGCAGCGAGCUCAUCGUCAGGGUCCCACCCCGGUUUGUGGUGCAGCCCCGGGACCAGGACGGCAUUUACGGGAAGUCUGUGAUCCUGAACUGCUCUGCCGAGGGAUACCCAGUGCCCACCAUCGUGUGGGAGCACUCCAAAGGUGCGGGCGUGCCCCAGUUCCUGCCCAUCGCCUUGAACUCGGGCUUCCGGAUCCAGCUGCUGGUCAAUGGCUCGCUGCUCAUCAAGCACGUGCUGGAGGAAGACAGCGGGUACUACCUGUGCAAGGUCAGCAACGACGUGGGAGCAGACGUCAGCAAGUCCAUGUACCUCAACGUGAAAAUCCCGGCCAUGAUCACAUCAUACCCCAACACCACACUGGCCACGCAGGGACAGAAGAAGGAAAUGAGCUGCACUGCACAUGGAGAGAAGCCCAUCAUGGUGCGCUGGGAGAAAGAGGACCGCAUCAUCAACCCCGAGAUGAGCCGCUACGUGGUCAGCGUCAAGGAGUCUGCCGACGAGGUGGUCUCCACCCUGCAGAUAUUACCCACCGUGAGGGAGGACUCCGGCUUCUUUUCCUGCCAUGCGAUCAACUCCUAUGGGGAGGACAGAGGUAUCAUACAGCUGACGGUCCAAGAACCACCGGACCCACCUGAAGUGGAGAUUCGGGAGGUGCGGGACCGAAUAAUCGCCCUCCGUUGGACCAUGGGGUUCGACGGCAACAGCCCAAUAACCGGCUACGACAUUGAGUGCAAGAACAAGUCAGCCUCCUGGGAAACAGCGCAGAGGACCAAAGAUGUCUCCCCCCAGCUGAACCAGGCCACCAUCAUCGACCUGCACCCGUCAUCCACCUACAACAUCCGCAUGUUUGCCAAGAACCACAUUGGCAAGAGCGAAGCCAGCAAUGAGCUGACCAUCACCACCGAUGAGGCGGCUCCUGAUGGUCCACCACAAGAUGUUCAGCUUGAAGCUGUGUCCUCCCAGAGUAUCAGGGUCAUGUGGAAGCCCCCCAAGAAGCACUUGCAGAAUGGGGUGAUCCGCGGCUACCAGGUGGGCUACCGCGAGUACAGCGCAGGGGGCAGCUACCAGUUCAACGUCAUCGCCACGGAGACGACGGGCGACAGCGAGACCCUGCUGCUGGAUGGCCUCAAGAAGUUCACACAGUACGGGGUGGUGGUGCAAGCGGGCAACAGCGCCGGUACCGGGCCCUCCUCUCAGGAGGUGGUGGCCACCACGCUGGAGGAUGUGCCCAGCCGGCCCCCCGAGAACGUCCAGGCCACGGCCACAUCCCCCGAGAGCAUCUCGCUGUCAUGGCAGACGCCGCCCAAAGACGCGCUCAACGGGGUCCUGCAGGGCUUCCGUGUCAUCUACUGGGCCAAUCUGCCGGAUGGUGAGCUGGGCGAGAUCCGCAACGUGACCACGCAGCAGCCAUCGCUGGAGCUCGACGGCCUGGAGAAGUACACCAACUACAGCGUGCAGGUGUUGGCGUUCACUCGGGCUGGGGAUGGGGUGCUCAGCCAGCAGAUCUACACUCGCACCAAGGAGGACGUCCCUGGGCCGCCGGCUGGGGUGAAGGCCGCCGCAGCCGCCAGCUCCGUGGUGUUCGUCUCCUGGCUCCCACCUCUGAAGCUCAACGGUAUCAUAAGGAAAUACACUGUCUUCUGCUCCAACCCCUAUCCCAAGGUCAUGAGUGAGUUUGAAGCCGCUCCAGACGUCUUCUUCUACCGCAUCCCGAACCUCGUGCAGAACCGGCGCUACAGUGUCUGGGUGGUGGCCGUGACAGCGGCGGGCCGAGGCAACGCCAGCUCCAUCAUCACUGUGGAACCGCUGCCCAAAGCUCCUGCCAGGAUUCUCACCUUCAGUGGUACUGUGACCACACCCUGGAUGAGGGACAUCAUCUUACCCUGCAGGGCAGUGGGGGACCCUCCUCCUGCUGUCAAGUGGCUGAAGGACAGCAACGGCAAUUCAGCCCCAGUGGUCACAGAUGGCCGACGCAGUAUCCAUAGCAAUGGCAGCUUUGUCAUCCGCAUGGUGAAAGCAGAAGAUUCUGGCUACUACACCUGCCUGGCCACCAAUAGCUGGGGCUCAGAUGAAAUAGUGCUUAACCUUCAGGUGCAAGUGCCUCCUGACCAGCCUCGUCUCACGGUAACCAAGACGACUACCACAUCAAUCACUCUGUCCUGGAUCCCUGGGGACAAUGGAGGGAGCUCCAUCAGAGGGUACAUCCUGCAGUACUCUGAGGACAACAGUGAGCGGUGGGAGAAUAUUCCCAUCAGUCCAAGUGAACGCUCCUAUCGCCUGGAGAACCUCAAGUGUGGCACCUGGUACAAGUUCACCCUGACGGCCCAUAACGGUGUGGGUCCGGGCCGCAUAAGUGAGAUCAUUGAGGCCAAGACACACGGCAAAGAACCACAGUACUCGAAAGACCAGGAGCUGUUUGCUAGUAUCAACUCAACCCGUGUGAAGUUGAACCUCAUUGGCUGGAACAAUGGAGGUUGCCCAAUCACCUCCUUCACCCUGGAGUACCGGCCUGUGAACAGCCUCGUGUGGACCACGGCCCAACGCACAUCUUUGACCAAGAGUUACACCCUGUAUGACCUGCAGGAGGCGACGUGGUAUGAGCUGCAGAUGAAAGUGUCCAACAGCGCAGGCUCUGCUGAGAAGACAGCCAAGUUCGCUACGCUCAGCUACGACGGCAGUACAAUACCACCAAUAGUGAAGACUGUGGUGGAGAGUAAGGACAGCAUUUCCAGCAACGAAGGUCUCAAGAUGAUGGUGACCAUCUCAUGCGUUCUGACCGGCAUCGUCCUGCUUUUUAUCUUGCUCCUGGUGUUGAGGAAGAGAAGGAGGGAGCAAAGGCUGAAGAGACUCAGAGAUGCAAAAAGUUUGGCCGAGAUGCUAAUGAGUAAAAACACAAGGCCGUCAGACACACUGAACAAGCAGCAGACCCUAAGGAUGCACAUCGACAUCCCUCGUGCGCAGUUGCUCAUCGAGGAGAGGGACACUAUGGACACUGUUGAUGACCGUUCCACCGUCCUGCUCACAGACACUGACUUUGGGGAGACUGCCAAGCAGAAGUCAUCCACAGUGACCCACACGGUGCACUAUCAGUCCGUGCCACAGACUACAGGACCCCUGGUGGAUGUGUCUGAUGCUCGGCCUGGAACAAAUCCCACAGCCCGCCGCACAGCUAAAGCAGGCCCAGCCGUCCGGAACCGCUACGCCAGCCAGUGGACUUUGAAUCGACCGCACCGGCCUGUGUCAUCGCACACGCUCAGCAGCGGCUGGAGGCUGCCCACGCCUCGGGCUGCAGGCUCCGUAGACAAGGAGAGCGACAGCUACAGUGCCAGCCCCUCUCAGGACACAGAUCGUGCGCGCAGUAGUAUGGUGUCCACCGAGAGUGCCUCCUCCACCUAUGAGGAGCUCGCACGUGCCUAUGAGCACGCCAAGCUGGAGGAGCAGCUGCGUCACGGCAAGCUCACUGUCACCGAGUGCUUUGUGUCGGACACGUCCUCAGAGCAGCUGGCUGCCGGCGCUCACGAGUACACUGACAGCCUAGCCUCAAGCACACCAUCUGAAUCGGGCAUCUGCCGCUUCACGGCCUCUCCUCCGCGGCCCCAGGACCUCUCGCGUGUCAUCAACAUGGCAGUUCCCAAGGCUCACCGGCCUGGCGGAGAGCUGGUGCACCUUCCCCCCUACCUCCGAAUGGACUUCCUGCUAACCCGUGGUGCCCCGGGUGGGGGCGGGAGUGGGGGUGCCGGUGGAGGCGGGGGCGGGGCUGGGGGCCAAGCCUGCCUGGAGCCGCUGAAGACCCGACCGUUGAAGCGACCUGCCCCUCUGGGGCCUGGCGCUGCCGAGGGAGCCCCCGGCCGGGACCUUCCACCCUGGCCUCCAGGGUCAGCCGCCACCCUCCCACAGCGCGAACCCAGCGAUCUGGCUGGGGCCGCCAAGCUCAGCACCUCCCAGGAGUCCCUGCUGGACUCGCGUGGCCACCUGAAGCAGAGCAGCAACCCCUACGCCAAGUCCUACACGCUGGUAUAGCAGCAAGCAAUAGCGUGUGGACUGCGAACCAUGGGAGAGCGGUGAGCGCCGCCCUGGUGGACGCUGCGCAACACCGCAGGUGUACAUACAGCUCCCGGCAGACGGAGGUUUCGAUAAUAUUCUCGCUUUUCUUUCUUUUCAAUGAUUUUUUCCUUCUUCUUUUUUACUGGGACAUUCAUACUUUAGGAAGGACCACGCAAGACAAUUGCCAAAAUUAUUUAGUCUGAAAAGUGAAUAUUAUAAAACUUUGAUUACAGUGAUGUCGGGAAAUGGCGAUAAUGGAUACUGUUAUUUCAAAAGCGAAGAUUAAUAUUUAUCACAUCUGAACUUUGCUUUAUUUAUUUAUGUGUUGACUCCUUUAUUUAUUAUCUACCUAUGUAUUUAUUUAAUUG